AUGGCGGUCUCUCAAUUCUUGAACAAGCUCAAGGGCAACCCUGAACAGGCCGAGCACGCAGAGACAUCCACCUCUACGCCGACCUCUGGCACUGCUUCUCUGGCCGAGAAGAAUGCCCGAUAUGACGAUAGCAAGGUGCCUUACUUGACAUGGCGAUCCUGCAUCAUGGGAAUCAUCGCCUCCAUGGGUGGUUUCAUCUUUGGUUACUCGACUGGACAAAUCUCUGGCUUUUUGACCAUGUCCGACUUCCAAAUGCGCUUUGCCCAGCACAGCGACUCUGGCUACUACUUUAGCAACGUCCGCUCCGGCUUGAUCGUCGGUUUGAUGUCCAUCGGAACCAUGAUUGGUGCCCUCGCUGCCAGUCCUCUCGCAGACCGAUUCGGAAGAAAAAUGUCCAUCACAUUCUGGUGCAUCAUCCACAUGGUCGGUAUCAUUGUACAGAUAGCUACUACGACCCAUUGGUACCAAGUUGCUAUUGGCCGUCUCAUUGCUGGUCUUGGUGUUGGUGCUUUGUCUAGUCUUGUUCCCAUGUACCAGAGUGAAUCUGCUCCUCGUCAUGUCCGUGGUGCCAUGGUCAGUGCCUUCCAAUUGUUCGUCGCCUUUGGUAUCUUCAUCGCUGCCUGCAUCAAUUUUGGCACUGAGACCAUGCACUCCACCGCCGCAUGGCGCAUCACCAUGGGUAUCGGUUUCGCCUGGCCUUUGAUCCUCGGUAUUGGUAUUCUCUUCCUGCCCGAGUCUCCUCGUUAUGCCUACCGCAUGGGCCGUAUCGAAGAAGCCAAGGCUACCAUGACCAAGCUGUACGGUGUUCCCGAAAACCACCGUCUUGUUGCCGAAGAAAUUUCCGACAUGAAGGAUAAGCUUGAUGAAGAAAAGGCUGCUGGAAAGGCUGGUAUCUUUGAAAUCUUCACCGGUCCUCGUAUGCUUUACCGUACUAUUCUCGGAAUUGCCUUGCAAUCUUUGCAGCAGCUUACUGGUGCCAACUUCAUUUUCUACUACGGCAACACUAUUUUCACCUCCACCGGUCUUAAUAACAGCUAUGUUACUCAGAUGAUCAUGACUGGUGUCAACUUUGGUGUUACCAUCAUUGGUCUCUACAUUGUCGAGCACUUUGGUCGCCGCAAGUCCUUGAUUGCUGGUGGCAUCUGGAUGUUUAUUUGCUUCAUGAUCUUUGCCACCGUCGGACACUAUUCUCUCGACCAGGCCAAUCCUCCUGCCACUCCCAAGGCCGGUACUACUCUAAUCGUCUUUACCUGCUUCUUCAUUGUCGGUUUCGCUACUACCUGGGGACCGAUCGUCUGGGCUCUUGUAGGUGAACUCUACCCAGCCCGCUACCGCGCCACCUGCAUGGGAAUCGCAACCGCCUCUAACUGGACCUGGAAUUUCCUGAUUUCCUUCUUCACCCCUUUCAUCUCCAGCGCCAUCGACUUUCAAUACGGCUAUGUUUUUGCUGCCUGCUCUUUCGCCGCUGCAGUGAUUGUCUACUUUUUCGUCUGCGAGACCCAGGGCCGUACCCUUGAAGAAAUUGACACCAUGUACGUCCAGCACGUCAAGCCGUGGAAGAGCUCUAGCUGGGUUCCACCUGCCCACAUCCGCCGCGCCGAAGAAACUAACGAAACUGAACCUUCUUCCUAA